AUGCCGGUGAAUAGUCGCCCGCCUUGGCUGAAGGACCGUCUCGAGACGGUCAACAAGAACGUUCCGCCGGCGUGGGCCCGCAAACCCACACCUGCCACCGACACCAAGGAGUCGUCACCGUCCUCCAAAUCGAGCGCAGAAUCGUCUCCGGCAGCUGCCGUCAGUGCUGCAACCCCAACUAAAACCAUGGCAACGGUGAAAAAGCCGACACCAACUACGGCCGCGGCCAAAGAAAAUGGUGAAACGAAAGCACCCACAACGACUGCCAAGCUGCAGUCGAAGGAAAUCAAAGUGCCGGUUGUGGUGGCCCAGAAGAAACCGGUGGCACCUCCACUGACCAAGCCCGAGCAGAAGGUGGGUCUCAAAAACACCACCCCGGUCAUGACGGUUCUAAGGGAGCCGGCCAAGCCAAGAUCGGCGCCGGCGGUGGCUCCCGCCACCAAGAAGCAACCGGUGCCGGAGUCCGACGACGACGAGGAGGAGGAAGAAGAAGAGCUAGAAGAAGAAGAGGAGGAAGAGGAGGAAGAGGGAAGUACGGAAUACGAAACGGAAACCGAGUCCGAGGAGGAACCGCCUCCACCCAAGCCGGCGACGGCCGCCCGAAAGCCCGAACCCAGCCAGGUCGCCAAGAAAGUAGGCGCUGAUGCCACAACGACGCCACCACCGAAGCUGCCCGUGCAGCUGCGCAAGGUAACGCCAACCAAAAGUCCCGACAAAACGGACACCGACAGCAAGGCGUCGUCCAAGUCACCGUCGGAAAAGUCCGCCUCGCCGGAACCGAAAACUUUCGUGCGGCCACCACUGAAGAAGAUCGUGCGCCCGCAGCAGGAGGCACCGGUGAAGGAGCGGUCGGUUUCACCCGAACCGGCCAAGAACUUCCGCGUGCAGCUGCGCAAGGUACCCUCGAACCUGAAGGCACCACGGGUGAAGGAGAAACUGCCGGAAGUGCAGCUGAAGAAGGUCGAGAAGCCCCUGCUGGAGGACAUCCCGAAGAAGGAGGAAGCCUAUCCGCACAAACCGUCCACGCUCCGGUCGGAAAGCAGCAAGCGAAUUCCUCCGCCCCCGCCGAUGCCAAAGUCGAAUAUACCGCCACCGCCGCCUCCUCCACCGGGCAUGAAACCUCCGGCGGACUUCCAAAAGGGCGAGAUAUCCGACAAACAGAAGGAAGUGUUGGAUAAACUGAAACGGCGUCCGCGUCGGCGACCGGAUUGGUCCGACAUGAUGAAGGAAGUAGAGCAGGGAAGGAAACUGAGACACGUUGACUGUAACGACAGGUCACAUCCGAUCAUUAACUCGAAGUCGAUCACCAAAGUGAAGGAUCAGUUCAUCUUCGAGACAGAGAAGGCGACGGCCCACAAUCAGCUGCUGAAGCAGAUCCAGGGUGGUGUCAUGCUGAAGCCCACCAAAUGUAACGAUCGCAGCAAGCCCAUACUGGGCGGGUUACGCAAGUUCCGCCGCCAAAUGACUCUCGAGGAGCAGCUGGCCAAGUCGGAAUCACGCGCCAACAUGGAAGCACCGCCAGCGGACGAAGAGGAAGAUGAACUGGACGAUAUCGACAAGGUUCGCGAUGACCUGCAGAGCACGAAACAGAUGUUGGCCCACGAACUGCGCAACAAUGAGGCGAUGGAGCGCGAAAAUAAGCGGCUCCAAGCGCGCGUCCAAAACCUGGAGGCGGAACUGUCCCGCGAGCGCUGGAAUCCGAUCAGUGGCGAGGAGAAAACGACCCUGGCUGGACCGCAGGGUGAUCUGAUCAAGUCGCUCAAGGACGAAGCACUGGAAGCGCAGCAACAGUCCAAACAGCUGGAGCAAAAGUACCAAACGGUGGCGAAGGAACUGGACACGGCCUACAAGCAGGUCGACGAGCAAAAGCGCAAGAUUGUCGAACUGGAGCGGAAACUACAGUGCUUAACGGACGAUGACUUCUACUUGAACGAACCGCAGGGAAUCACCGAUGAUCGUCGGGCAACCGAGUCGGCCCAAAAGGAAAGCUCGCCGGAACUGGAGCCUGAAGUGGAAGAAGAAGAGGAAGAAGAGGACGAAGAGAAGAAGGCGGAAAAGGCGACCAAACGGCUGAACCGGGAGGUGAACAUGCUGCAGGCUCGCCUGACGCGACUAAAAGAAAAGCAGGAGGAAAAGCAUGCCGAACGGCAGGCACUCAAGUACGCAAUGAAAACCAACCAGUAUGCCCUCAAAGCUGAAAAUAAAAAAUAUAAGAAGCUGCAGAAGGAAGUGGACAAAAUGGCAGCGAUGAUGAAGAUGGAAGAUGACGACGAAAGUGCGGAACCGAAACAGGUUGCACCGGAGGAACCGGAAGAGGACCAGGAACCCGAAGAGGAGGAGGACGAAGAGGAGAGCGAAACCGAGGAGUCUGAAUCGGAGAGUGAGAACGAAAGCGAAAAUGAAGCAGAAGACGCACCGGACGAGAAAAAGAAGAUUAACCUUGAACCGAGGGUCAAACGGCACGAAGGUCGGCUUGCUUCACUGAAGAAGGGCAACUAUCUGCUGCAGGCCAACGUCGAUCGAAUCAGGGAUGAGAUCAGCAAGGUUCGGGAAGAAUGCUGCACUUUGCAGGCGGAUCUGGACGCGGUCAUAGCCGACUUGGGUUGAUCAUACUGUAGAUAAUCGCUAGGGAGCUAGGAAAAUGCACUUCUCGCCGGCACCCGGCACGGGGUACUCCUACGUAUCGUAGCUGUACACGUCCAAAAGAUUAUUCCCUUCAGAGUGCCCAUGAUUCAUGUGCGUCAAUACACAAACGCAAAGCUUUUGAACAAUCUAUCUAUCGAUCUUUCAUGCGAAUACAGGAAGCGGUAUUUUUGUACAUCGAUAUUUUCGUAUACACGCUAAUGAAUAAAACAUACCU